UAUCAAAAUUAGCAUCAACAGUGUGGAUCCAAUUCCUGCACUGGCUGAGGUUACCAUGAAGGAUUUUCCUUCUCAACAUCUCCCCUCAUCUGAGGUGUGGUGACCCUUAGUUCAAACAACCACCAGUCAUCGCUGUAACAACAGAGCAACCCUAUAGUUUUGGUUGUAUUGUUUUAACAAUUCACAGCUACACAACAAGGACUAAAAAUGAGUUGUGACUAUGUUACUCUUGCCAAUGGGCAAAAAAUGCCAUUAGUUGGAUUGGGAACAUGGAAAAGUUCAGCUGGACAGGUGAAAUCAGCAGUCAGUUAUGCCCUUGAAAUCGGAUACCAACAUAUAGAUUGUGCUUUUGGCUACAGCAACGAGCAUGAAAUUGGAGAAGUCCUUCAUGAAAAAUUACAAGUCAAUAAAUCUAUCAAGCGGGAGGAUAUUUUCAUUACAUCUAAACUUUGGAACACCAAGCAUCACCCAGAUGAUGUGGAAACAGCAUGCCGUAAGACUCUGAAGGACCUACAGCUAGACUAUCUAGAUUUGUAUUUGAUGCACUGGCCAAUGGCAUUUGAACGCGGUAAUGUUAUGAUUCCAAAGAAUGAUGAUGGAACAGUGCGUUAUGCUAAUGUUGACUACAAGGAUACCUGGCAAGCCAUGGAAAAACUACUAGAAAAGGGUUUGGUCAAGGCAAUUGGUUUAUCCAAUUUCAACUCCAAGCAAGUUGAUGACAUAUUAUCUGUUGCAAUUUACAGACCUGUGGUUAACCAGGUAGAAUGUCACCCAUACUUGAUCCAAAAGCAGCUCGUGGAUCAUUGUACAAAACAAAAAAUUGUUGUUACAGCAUACAGCCCUCUUGGAUCACCUGAUCGACCCUGGGCUGGCCCUGGUGAUGCAAAACUGCUGGAAGAUCCAAGAAUCCUGAAAAUUGCAGAAAAAUAUAAAAAAUCCCCAGCUCAAGUUAUUAUACGGUGGCAAGUGCAAAGAAAAAUACCAUGCAUACCAAAAAGUGCUACACCCUCCAGAAUUAAGGAAAAUAUUGAGGUCUUCGAUUUCAUGUUGUCAAAGGAAGAUAUGAAACAAAUUGAAUCCUUUGAUUGCAAUGGAAGGUUGAUUGUACCAACAAUGGAAAGAAAUGGUAUGAGAGUUUGGAGAGAUUCAAGCCAUCCAUGCUUCCCUUUUAACGAGCCUUACUGAAGAUGAAUCUACAGAUUCCAAAAAUAUCCAGAACACAUAUUGGAAAUAUUCCUUUUAAAUCAACUUUAAAAUUAAAUCUUCUUAAAUUUGUGGAGCAAUUUAAAAAGAAAUAGGGAAAUAAUUUCAAUGCCAUGGAUAUAAACAUUAAAAUAAUUAAAACUUAACUGAUUUCUACUGGACCUGGUUGGAUAAGGCAAGUAGAGGUAACAAACUUUACUUAAAUUGAUAAUCAAACAAAAUAUCAAUUAUUUCCAAGUAAAUUAAUAAAUGAACAUGGCACCUUCAUCAGUAAUACUGAGUGCAGAUUUUGAGGGAGUAUAUAGAAACAACGCAUACGAUCCAGAACUUCCAACAAGAAUAUACUUGUGUAGGAUAUUUUUAUGCAUACUGUAAUGUAAAAAUGUAUCAUUUUUACUGUCUUCAGCCAAUUAAACAUUGAUUAAUUGUUCAAAACUAAAUGUAAAAGUGAUGUUUUUCUUCAAUAGUAUCAG